UCUGUCCAUCGGCCUUUAGUGAGUUCUCGGCUAACGUUAGCUAAAUAUUAGUUGUAACUGUGCAAAUUGUUGUCACUUUUACCCACCAUGCUCGACAUCGACGAUAACAUUUGCGUUUCCGGACGACUUUAAUUGGACCUAUAUUACCGUUUCGAUUAUUUUGUCGCAGUUGCUCUUUGUUUUCAGUUGCUGAAAAACUCCACUAACCGUCAGCCCUCUGUUCUUCAGGAGUCACGAGGUAACGCUAGCCUGAGAGCAGUUGGCUCACUGGUUACUACCGACGUACUUGUAAGGAAUGGCUCGGAUUUGAGCUGAACUGCACCGCUGAAACUGUGGCGUUAGCCUACGCUCAGCAAGUUCACCAUGAUGCCCAUGACGUUUGAGGUGUCGAGCAGCGUGACACUGCUGUUUGACUUCUGGGAUGUCCACGGGCCUGCAGGGAUGGUGCUGUCAGUGGUUGUGGUCUUGCUGCUGACAGUCUUCUACGAGCUGCUCAAAGUGUGGAGGGUGUGGCUGGGGAGGAGCUCGAAGCUGGCCCAGCCUCAGCACCAGUCUCCGUAUGCAGCCCCGCCGUCCUGCCGCAGCGACAACAGCUCCGUACUGGACAGCAGUCCCUCUGAAUCCUCGCUGACCCCUAUGGAGUCACACCCUUCUACUUCAAACACCUCCAGAAACAGCUGGUUGCUGCACGGUAUCCAGACAGUCCUCCACAUACUGCAGGUGACUCUGGGCUACAUGCUGAUGCUGUGCGUCAUGUCCUACAACACCUGGAUCUUCCUUGGGGUCAUUGUGGGCUCUCUUCUCGGUUAUUUCAUCUCAUUCCCUCUCGUGGGUCAGAUCUGAUGGUACGGACAGUUAAGACAGAGCAUAGCUUUUUUUUAGCUUUGAAAGGAUCACAUGUUCUGGAGACUUAAUGGGAAACCGCCACGUGUUGUUCCAUUGCUCUGGGCACAGGUGCUGAUUUUGAAGAUUGUUACGCAAUUUUGUGUGUGUGUGUGUGUGUGUGUGUGUGUGUGUGUGUGUGUGAGAGAGAGAGAGGUUGGGUUAGGUGUUGGCUGAAGAAAGAGCUGCACCACACUGACUGUUGCUUAAGAAUCAUCUGGAUGUGGAAAUUGAUAUCUUCAUGCACAAAAUUAUUCUCAUUGUCUGUCACCAGUUUCAGUCUUCUGUCUCUGGUUUCUUGCCUCUGAACUCAAUAUUAACUUGAAAACACUUCAGCUGGACAUACUAAGUUAUAAUAUUUGUCUUUGACCAUACAGGCAAUCUCUAUAAUUUCAUAAUUAAUGAGGUGGUUCUUCUGUGUUAAAGGGACAUGACCAUUCUGUUUUUGUUGCAUGGUCUUGCUUAAUUUUUCAGAUAGCAAACAUCUAAGUGAGUAAUCCAUGGGAGGGGGAAAAGAUUUUUCCAGGGGAAGUAGUGCUGCUUACUUAAACUCUCCUUUUUGUUCAUUUAUCUUAAAAUAGUAAUCAAUGGAGUCAAAGAGGAGAAAUGUAUUUGAAUCGGCCACAGCAGAGGUUCAACAGAACUGAUUAGGGAAGUCCUCCACAGCUCGUGGCAUAUUACCCAUGUUCCUGUUUUUCUGGUCAACACUGACAGACCUUUUAUAGCCACUACACAGUUCACUGUAUUUUACUAAACAAUUUAAGGUGUUAUGGCUACAGAUGAGUCAAAAGUGAGAUUUCUAGAAAAUCUGACUGUGUUAAUAAUACACUACUUACACUAACUGAAGUGAAACCCAUCCGUAUGUUUUUGAUGGCUUAAAAAGCAACAUUUUGUGAGUGGAGCCAAAAAGACAUCAAGUUCUGAAUACAGAUUCUGUCUUUUUCGUUGUGUUUUGGAGUGAAACCUAAAAGUAGGCUCGCACUUGGAGCCGAGAUUUACUCUGAGGUCAUGAGACAGUACUCCGAUUCAGGAACUGAAUCAUAAGAUUGUAGCUUGUACUUUUUCAUGUGUCAUCCUGGUUUACAAACAGAUCAAAGUCAUUGUCACAUGUAUAUAAGGGGAUGGUGAAAUCAUGAGGUUCUGUGGCACUAACAAACCACGAACUGUGUGCCUUGCAACUGACAUUUCAGAUGUGUUUUUUGAAAUAUGCUAUUCUUCACUUUUGAAACGAGUAUUUUAUAACUGAUUCUGCCAAUAAAAACAUUCAAAUAUUUUUGAUCA